GCCACUGUCUUAUUUAAAAAGCAAGCAGUUAGAUUUACCUUGAAAAUCAAAAUGUUCAGUUAUUCAGACAUUUUGGGCUGAGCUUUGAAACUGAAAUAUUUGUCAUCAUAAUUCAGUGAUUGUGCUUAGAAACACGUUUUAAGAUCUUUAGUCACCAUCAGCACAGCAGAGGGAACAGGAAGUUAAGCUGCAUAUAUGAUAAACUGACUUUUUAAGGAACUUCAACUGAAAGAUACUGUUGCUGAGAGAUGACCAUGAUCAUUCUGAAAGUUUUUCUUUUGACAGUGGUUUCUGACUGCUUGGUUACAGAUAUUGAUACCUUAAAAGUCAGCCAGACACCAACAAAAAUUAUUGCAUCAGCUGGACAGUCGGUUGAAGUGACCUGUACCUGGGAAAAUCAUGACAGAGUUGAGAGGUAUCGAGUUACCUGGGAAAAACAGAAUCUCAGCUCUGAAGGGCCCAGUACCGAAAAACUAGAAGAGGAAGUUCGCAGUACAAACAAUACCGUACAUACGAACAAGGCGAUGCUAAAGCUCGAAGCUGUUAAUGUAAACAACACUGGAAUUUACUUCUGUGAAAUAAAUGUUGAAAUCCCUUACCUGAAGACAGGAAAGGGAAAUGGAACAACUCUAAUUGUUGCAGAAGAAGAUUCCACAUCAAUGAAUAAGAACUAUUAUUUUAUGACAAUUUCAGUCAUCGUUCCUAUCCUAUUAUCAGGGGGCUGGUUAUAUCUUCACUGCAAAAGGCAACAGGACUCCCAAAACUCUGUGCCAGUUGGAAGGCGUCAAGAGGAGCAGAUGCUUCAGGUUUCUGAACUGAAUGAAGGAAAUGAGGAGAGAAAUGAAGCAGACGAUGGAAAUUCUUCAUCUAACUCAUCCGAAUGGGCUAUUUCUGUUCUCUAUGAUUCACUUGAUUAUUUUUCAAUGAGGCGAGAUGAAGACAAAAGACACCCUGUCACUUCCACAUCAGAUGUGGCAGAUCAGUAAAUCUCAUGCAGCAUCUGGGAAGUCUGCAUGCAAGCAAAGUAACAAGGACCCUCUACCUGCUUUGACAUUCAGAGGUGAAAGAGCUUGUCACUGGUAAGGAGAUAAAGAUAACAGAGGCAAAGCAACUAGAGACAAAAGCAUGAUUUGCCUCUGGAUCUUUACAAGUGCGACUGGAAUUCUGCAAGGUCUUUUUGCUCCUCCCAGCAUAUCAAUGUGACUGCAAACUGAGUACCACACCAGAACUGAGAAUAAGGCAUGAAUAAUACUACUUUUUCUGACUUUCAAAAAUGAGAAUCCAGGACAUUUUUGUUGCUGGAGUUGUAAAGGGCCGAUAUUUUCCCAUUUUGCCAUUCAGUGUUAUUUUAUUGGUAUGUAUUGACUUUCUUAGUCCAUGUUUUCCAGUGUACAGAAGGAAACAUAAUGAUGCAAGGUAUGUUAUCAGCAUGCACCCAGCUGAAUAUCAUUGCCCAUUAAAAAUAUUGCUUCAGGCAGUGAACAAUACAUAAUGGUUCAGAGGAAGAUGAAGAAGAAAUGCACAUAGUGAUGAUCAUUAAUCACGUGGCCAACAGAGCAAUGCUGUGUCUGGUUGACAUCCUUCCUGAUCACCAAUUGCAGUGAAGCAUUAAAUUUGAUAAUGCCACCUUAGUACAUAAGAGCAUGGGAUCCCUAAAAGAUAUGAUGGUUUUUGUGUCAAGAAGAACCUUACUGACCAAAGUAUCCUUCUUUAUUAAAUGAUAACUCACAGUCUGAAUUAAUUUGCCCAUAACAUAAGCUAGCUAUCAUUAAUGUUAUGUAGGCUUUUUAUCGUUAGGUAGGCUUGUUAGGGGGCUGACACUUGAUUAUAUCAACCAGUCUAUACCAGUCAGGUUUGGCAUGCUGGCAACAGCAGCUAAAUAUUGCAGAUUUCAAUCCUUCUUGGCCCAUGCUUAAAUUUAUUUUCUAAAUUUUUAGAAAUCCUUUGCCUUUGAUAAUGUUUGGGAAGGAAGGUUCUUCCUUCCCACACCCAAACAUACUGGGAAAAGGAUUCCUUCUUGAAAUGGUACUGGAAGAAAAAGGAUGUAGCGGAGAUUUUCCUUCCUGUAAAGCUGGCAGGAUGCGAGGAGCCAGCAUGUGGCCUAUGGCUUACACACGACCUACAAGUGCUUAACAUGUGGCCCACAGACCAGCACCCACUAUUAAGUGAUAAGGGUCUGGGGACCCACCUGCCGUCUGUAUAGCCCAUGCGGCGGGAGGUGGGAGGGCUAUGUGCUAGCAAUGCAGCUGGAACAGUGGAGGAGAAUCCCUAGGGGGCCACUCCACUGCAUGUGACUCCUG